UGCAAUUAACAAUAUCAAAUUAUACAAACGUAAUAAUUGAUAAUAGAUACUGCUUAAAUUCAAAAAUAAAUUAUAACCUUUUAAUAUCAUCUAGCAUUUUUUUAUAGUUAUCUUUUAAAAAUAAAUUUAAACAAUUCAAAACAUUUUAAAUAAAUGAGACGGUAAAAUAACCAAUAACCAUAACAAUAGAUGCAAAGAAAUAUGAACCAAUAAAUAAAAGGUUAAUAGAAUUAGUAUGACUAUGAAUAUGAAUAAGAAGAUGAUGAUGAUAUGGAUGAUUAGGAAGGAUAUGGUGAAGAUGAGGAAGGCGAAUAUGUAUUCGAAAAUGAAGAAGAAUAUUUGAGAUAUUAGGCUAUGAGAGAAUAUGAAUUAGCUCAAUAAGGAAUUCAUUUAGUUGAAUAGGGCCCUGAUUAUGAACCUACAGAAGAAGAAAUACAUGCGUACGCUGAAUUUUUAGGAAUGAAUUUAGAAGAAGAUUAAGAAUUUUUUGAUAUAGCAAGAGAGGGAUUGAUAGCACCUUUACCAGAAGGUUGGUGUUUUGCAUAAGUUGAUGGAGAAGAUGCAACUUAUUUUUAUUGCAGAUAAACAGAAGAACUUUUUGAAGAAAAUCCUAAUGAUGAAUUAUUUAAAUAGAAGUUUUAAGAUGCAAAGAGAUUAAAGGAAAUUAAAAAGUAAAGAGAAAACCCACCAGCAGCUGCUUCAAAAAAGCGCUCUAAACUUUAAAACUUAAUCGAUCAAUACUCAAAUAACGAUGAGGAGGGUAAAACAGAUGCUGGAAAAUAAAAUAUGAAAUCAUAAUAAAUUACAAAUGUGAAUAUAAGUAACUUGGAUUCUUCUGCCAUAACAAGUAAUAAAAAUAGCGUGAUUGGACAAACAGGAAAAACUAAGAAUGAAUUAAAUUCAUUAAAUAACAUAGUAGGAUAGUAAACGUCUAAGAACCUGUAGUCAAAGCAAAAUAGUGCUUUAGAAAUAAGCUAAUCUUAAAGCAAUAACCUUGAAAGUUUGACGAAUGCUAAAACUGUGAAUACUAAAAACAAAUUAACACCACUUGAACCCUUAAAUGAAAAACUUUCAAAAGAAAUGUCUUAGAGUAGACCUUCUUCUAAUAUUAAUUUAGGAAAGAAAGAAAGUGAGUAUGAUUUUGAUGAAGAUGAGCAUGCUUUUUUAUAGUCUGACGAUGAUGAAUAAGAAGAAGAAGAUAAAAAAAGUAAGCAGUCAUCAAAUCUACCUAAUGAAAAGGUUUCUAUACUUGAUACUAAAAGCCAAAAUAGCAGACCACCUUCAGCUUAAUAAGAUAAAAGCAAACAAGUCAGUAAAGCAGCCAGUUAAGUUGUAACAGAAAAACCACAGUCUAAAAUAUUAAAUAGUGAUAAAACUUUAACCAAGAAAGAAAGUUCAUCUAAAAUUCUUUAAAAUAAUAUUGUUGAAGAACUAGAAGAGGUUAAUCUUGAAGAAAUUUAGAAGCAGGAUAUUUCUAAAAACUUGAAUGCAUAAAAAUUAAAUCCAUUAUCUGAUAAGAAACCUCCUUCUCUUAUUAAACCUUUAGAGAAAAAACCAUCAAAAGAAAUAGUCACAUCUUAAAAAGAAAGUACAUCUAAAAAAAAUACAUUAAAAGACAUACCAAGCAUUUUAGAGGUAUCUGACUAAAAAAUAUUGGAAUCAAGCUAAAAAUUAGAAGGAAAGAAUUUUAAUAUGAUAGAAAAUCAAUAAAAAUCUAAGGAAAUAAAAAAUGAAGUCAAAAAAGAAAUAUAAGAAAUUGAUAAUUAAAAUAUUUAAAAAAGUUAAUCUAAAAAUAUAGAACAUAAAGAAAAAGAGGAUUUUGAUAAAAACUACUUUUCUUCUAGUCAGAAAUACCAGUCAGUAGAAUCAUAAAAAAAGACAGAUAAUUCAAAAAGCAACGAAUACAAUUUAACCAAAGAAUUUGAAGAUGCUGAAAAUAAUACUUACACUUAUAGUAAAGAGGAAAGCUUAAGUUAGGAUGACAUUGACAACAAAAAUAUUCGAAAUUAAGAAUUUAGCCCAAACAUAAAUUAUAUUCCCUCAUAGAGUGCUUCUAAAGAUAAGAAUUCUUAGAAUAAAAAAUUGAUAAAGAUAGAAGAAAACCUAAAUGAAAAUGAAUCUGAUUUGUUCUAAGACAAAUAACAGGUAAAAAGAGAUUUUAAUAUCGAGGCGUAAGAUUUCUAAGAUUUUUAAGAAGAAGAAAAUGAGAAUGAAACAGUGGAAAUAGACAUAUAAAGCUUAUAGUUUGAAGAGUAAUUAAAUAUCUAAGCAUACAUAGAAGAAAAAGAAAAUGAGCUAAACAAAAAGCUAGCUUUUUAUGAAAGAGAUUAUAGAGAAAAAUAGAUCAGUUUUAAUAAUUUAAUUUAGUAGUAAAGAUUUUCUAAUUUUGAUAGUGUUGAUGUUGCUAGAAAAAGAGUUGACUAUCUUCAACAAAAAGAAAAAACAAGAAUUAGAGAGAAGAUUUUAAACGAAAUGCAAGCUAAAGAAGAUGAAGAACUUAGAAAAAUGUAAUCUAAGCUAGAUGAAGCUGGAAAAAUAUGGAAAGAAGAAGAAAAUUUCAAAGUAGAGUUGAAAGUGAGUGAAUUCAACAAUAUUUUUAAAGAUAAAUAUUUUAAAAAACUUGAGUAACAUGAAAGAAUUAUUAAAAAUCUAAAAGGAAUAAUUUCUAAAAAUGAGAUUAUUUACUCACAGUAGAGAAAUUAAUUAAAAGAGAAAUUUGAUUCUGCAUAUAGAGCUGCUCUUUUUUAAUAAGCUUCAGCAAAGCAUUAAUAAGAAUUAGCUUUGCUUGAAAAAGAUUUUGAAACAGAUAAAUAAGAUGCUGUAAACUAUUUUGAAAAUGAAUUUGAGAGGACAAAACAACUUGAAGCGGAUGAAUUAUAGAAACAAAAAAUAAACAUAACAGUAAAGCAAAUAGACAUAAAGGAGAUAUUCAUAAAAAAAUACUACCUUGAAAGAUCAGAAAGAGAGCUAGACAUGAAAAAGUAACUAGAUAAUAUGUUCUUAAAGGAAAAGGAGAAUUUAGAUUAGAUUUACUUGGAUAAAUUUUAGCAGGAAUUAAAUUAACAUCUGUUCAAAAAGUAAAAAAUAAAUGAGCAAGAAAUUGAAUUUCUAAGCCAGAUGAAUUAAUAAAAACUUUAUGAUUUUGAAAAACUUACUAUGAAAGAAUGUGAUCAUAAGAUAAAACUAUUAGAAAUUGAGCAUUCUAGAAGACUAAACUAAUUAGAGGAGUAGUUGAGAUAAUAAAAAGGAUUAAAAAAUAAUUAUAGAUAUAUUACUGAGAGAUAAAAUCUAACUGAGUAAGAUACAUAAUUAUAGAUAGCAGAAAUAAAUAAUAUAAUUCAUCUCAAAAAACAAGAACUUAUCAUUUUAAAAUAAGAAAACAAAAAAUUCCAAAAGGAUUAAGAUGAAUUGAAUUUUGUGUUAAAUAUUCACAAAAAUUAAUCAAAUUUGUAUUAAUAUCUUUAAUAAUUACUUGAUAACAAAAAUAAUUCUAUCAAUCAUUUAAAGGAAAGAUAAAAAUAGAAAGAGAAGGAUUUCAAAUCAAUUAAAAAACAAAAAUAACCAGCUUAGUAAUAAAAUCUAACUAAUGGAUUAUUAGAUCAAAGUUUAACUGAUAUCUAAAAUAUCCUAAUUAAUUUUCCCUUAACUAACGAAAAGCUCUACUAAAAUAAAAAGAGGAGUAAAUUGUGGACAGAGUGUAUAAAACGUGAAAACUAAAUAAUAGAAUAAGCAAAACAAAAGCUUAAAUACUAGAAGAUAUAUUUGAAAACUGUAUAUGUAGACAUUUAAAGAGAAAAGGAGAAAUAAAAAUAAGAAAUAGAAAAGAUAAAGAAAUUAUCAGACAUAAAAGAAGCUGAAAAAGAAUUCCAAAUUAAGAGUUUGCAAACUCAAAGUUAAAACCUUGUGUAAAAAUUUAAUGAAGAUGUUAAAACAGUUCGUAGAAAUGAAGAACUUAUGAGAAAAAGAGAUGAAUAAAUGCUUUAAGUUGAAAAGGCAUUUAAUAAAGCCAUGAAUUUAGGGUUGGAUGAAGAUAGUUUGAUUGAAUAAUAUGUUAAGCUUAAGUAAUUAAAUAACCAAUAAUUAAGAGAAUUAAAGUUAGUUCCUAAUAAUGAACUUGAUAUUAAGACUAAGAUUAAUAAUUAUCAAGAUGUAUCAAGCUAUCUUGAUGUAACAGGAGACGAUUAACAAAAUGAUCAUCAAUAUACUCCUUAACUCUAUGAUAAAUUCUAAUUUGUAGACACAGAAAUCAACAAACCUCCUCAUUAACUAAAAGAAUUAUAUGAAGGAUUAAAUACUCCUUUCGUAAAAGGUUUGAUGCAACAGAGAUAAGAACAAAACUAGUAUGAUGUUAAUCGUGUAGAAACUUUAUUAAAAGAUGCAAAGUACUCCUAGCAAAUUAUGUCUGUUAAGCUAAAUGGAUUUUUACAAAGAAGAGAAUAUGCUAAAAUGACAGAAAAUGUAGAGCGUUUUAAAUCUGAAGUUUCAUCACACAAACAAUGGUUCAAGGAUGUUAAAUAAUAUAUAAAUUAGACACUUAUUGAUAGAAAUUAAACUCGCUCACAUUUAAACACAAUAAUUUGAUUAUAAUGUAAUAAAUUUGUAUUUUAAAUGUAAAAUUACUGUUCAUUUGCUUAAUUUUCAUGAUAAAAACUAAAAUCUUAGCAGAAAUUAAAGAGUCAG